CUUUCUCUUCCAAACUUCUUCUCCAUCCUCUCUCAUUAUUUUUCUAGUAUAAUUUUUCUUGUUUUAAAACGAAAAACAUAGAAAAUCUCUUUAUUUUAAUCUUGUUGUAUGUGUGUGUGGUUUUUUAUAUAAUUUUUUUUACAAAUUAAAAUUUCUCAUUUGCUUUUGAUUUGGGCAUGGCUGGUCUUGAUCUAGGCCCAGCUUUUCGCUACGUUAAUCACCAGCUCCAUCGUCCCGAUCUCCAUCUCCACCACAACUCAUCAUCCGAUGACGUCACUCCAGGCUCCGGACUUGCUCAUUUCACCGUCCACGACGACGAAGACAACAACAACAACCACCAUCAAGGUCUUGACUUAGCCUCUGGUGGAGGAUCAGGAAGCUCUGGAGGUGGAGGUGGAGGAGGAAACUCCGUUGGCCGUCGUCCACGUGGAAGACCACCAGGAUCCAAAAACAAACCUAAACCUCCGGUGAUAAUCACGCGCGAGAGCGCAAACACACUUAGGGCUCAUAUUCUCGAAGUGACAAACGGCUGCGACGUCUUUGACUGCGUUGCUACUUACGCUCGCCGAAGACAGCGAGGGAUCUGCGUCCUGAGCGGUAGCGGAACGGUGACUAACGUCACCAUACGUCAGCCAUCCGCGGCUGGAGCGGUCGUGACGCUACAAGGGACGUUCGAGAUUCUUUCUCUCUCUGGCUCGUUUCUUCCUCCUCCGGCUCCUCCAGGAGCUACGAGUUUGACAAUAUUUUUGGCCGGAGGACAAGGACAAGUCGUCGGAGGAAGCGUCGUCGGUGAGCUUACGGCGGCUGGACCGGUGAUUGUAAUCGCUUCCUCGUUUACUAAUGUUGCUUAUGAGAGACUUCCAUUAGAAGAAGAUGAGCAGCAACAUCUUGGAGGAUCUAACGGCGGAGGUAAUUUGUUUCCGGAGGUUUCUGCCGGAGGAGGAGGAGGACUUCCGUUCUUUAAUUUACCUAUGAAUAUGCAACCGAAUGUGCAACUUCCGGUGGAUGGUUGGCCGGGGAAUUCAGGUGGAAGAGGUCCUUUCUGAUGUGUAUAUAUAUUGAUAAUCAUUAUAUAUUCACCGGCGGAGGAGCUUUUCCGGCGAGGAAUUUGCGUGAGUGAAGAAAGGUUAGAGAAGUUUCUAAUGGACUAAUGAAUUUCACAUUAUCAUCGUUAUUAUCUCGUUCAUUAUGUUAUGUUUUAGGUUUUUCAUUUCCUUUUGCGUUUUGUAGAAUUUUAUGUUUUAAUCCUUUGCUUCCUUCUGUGAAACUCUAUUUGUGCUCGUCUGCGAUGAAAAGAAUCCUCUAU